CUCUGAGGCCUUGGCAGUGGUGACGUUUCCAGCCUCACAAAACCCAAGUUUUGGCCCAUAACCUCUUUCCAAAUCUCCCUUCCUUUGUGGCUUCCCACUCGUUUUGGAAGCGUAUAUCAGAAGUAACACACCUAGCCUCAUCUCUAUUCGUCUCUCAAACGUACUUGUCACUCAGAUAGUCCCCUUUUUGCUCAUCCAUUCCGGGCCAUCAUCUCCUCGGCGUAGUCACCAUGGCUAAGUAUCAUGCCGCCCUCUUGGCCCUUGUGGCUCUCAUCGCCUGUGUCCUCGCAACCCCCGUCCCAGGCGUCCACGACGUCCACCAAACAACCGUCGAUCUCUACGGUGUCGAACACGAGUCUCAGUUUGGCCGUUUUGUAGUUCGUGUAGAGAGGGUUGACCAGAUUGUUGAUCUGGACGAGAAGAACGAGGCCGCUUUGGCCGCUGACGGCUCCCUCGACAAGAUCGAUGGGACCCUCAUUGCAACCCGCAUCUCUGAUGUUGUCGUCAUGUUUGAUGUGACUCCUAAAGCUGAGGUUUUGAUUAACGGCAAGCCGGUGCCCAUGGGCAUGUCCAAUUUGCAGGUCGAGGCCGAGGUCAUCACGGGCGUCACAGCCGCCGGCCAAAAGAUGAUGAACGCCGAGCAAUUGAAGGAUGCGUUCGAGACCGGCAUUGUGGGGCUCAAGGUCUUUGUCCAGGGCCAGACUUCCGAGGACGGUGUGACUCGCCUCACUAUUGCCGAAGCUGUGAACGAGGUCAACGGGAAGGAAGUCAUCCAGCAAAAUGUCAUGGAACAUGUUGUUGAGGUCCACCCGGAUGGCACUAUCGUAGCCAAGAAGCCUUGCGCUGCCUCGAAGGAGACUAUUGCUGCCAUGGGCAAACACCACGGCAAAAAGGCAUGCAUGGGUCGCAAGAUCUCCGCCUGGUUCCAGGGCCUCCACUACAUCACCAAACUCUUGCUCGCCGCCCUCCUCGGCGUCCUCCUCGGCGUCGUCGCCGCAGCGUUCAUGCGGAUUGUCACCCUCUUCCUCGCCGGACCCUCGAACGCCGGUUACGUCGCUGUUGGGGAGCAGGUGCCCGUUUUGGUUGCUGUUACUAUGGACGCGGAUGAGAAGUUGCCGGCUUAUGCUGCGGAUGGGUACAUUGUGGUUGAGGGGAAGGAAAAGGAGGUUGUUGAGCAGCAGCAGCAGUAGAUUGUUUGAUCACUGUCCCUCUUUCGUACCUGAUGGCCCUAGCCUCAUUCGUCGCUCUUGGUUGAACGUGUAUGAAUCUUUUUUGAAUUCUCAUGUGUUUACGCUUUUGCGUUGCGAAUGAGCUGUGGGUUGCUAGCUCUCUACUCUUUACACUUUUGAUGUUACUGAAUACUGUAUAUAGUCGUCCGAAAAUCAACUCAUAAGCGAUA